CAAAGCAGACCUGCUGAUUCUAAUGGUUAUUUAUGAAACAAAAGAAGAGAAAGUGAAAGACAAGUCAAGAUCAUUGGAUUUGAAAGCUGGAAAUGGCUUUUGUGAAAACAGUAUCUGUGGAAGAUCUGUCUUGUCCUGUGUGCUGUGAAAUAUUCAAGGCUCCUGUUAUCCUGUCAUGUAGUCACAGUGUCUGUAAAGAAUGUCUUCAGAAGUUUUGGGAAGCCAGGAAUACUCAGGAUUGUCCUAUCUGCAGGAGAAGAUCUUCAAAACGCGGCCCUCCUUGUAAUUUGGUGUUAAAAAACUUGUGUGAGUCACUGACAGAAGACGGCGCUUCAAGGUCUGAGGAGGUCUGCAGUCUCCACAAUGAGAAACUCAAACUUCUCUGCUUGGAUGAUGAACAGCCUGUGUGUGUUGUGUGCAGAGAUUCAGAAAAACAUGUCAAUCACAGAUUCCGCCCCAUCAAUGAAGUUGUUCCAUCUUACAAGGAGCAGCUCAAAACAGCACUGACGUCCUUACAAGAGAAGCUUAAACACACAGAAAAAAUGAAAAGAGAGUAUAAUAAAACAGUUCUGCAAAUCAAGACUCAGGCUGAGCACACAGAGCAGCAGAUUAAAGAGGAGUUUAAGAAGCUUUAUCAAUUUCUGCAAGAUGAAGAAAAAACUGCAAUCACUGCACUGAGGAAAGAGGAAGAGCAGAAGAGUCAGAUGAUGAAGGAGAAGCUUGAGGAGAUGAACAGACAGAUCUCAGCUCUAUCAGACACAAUAAAAGACAUAGAAGAGAAGAUGAACGCCAGUGACGUCUCAAUUCUACAACAUUUUAAUGUCACAAUGGAAAGAGCCCAGAGUUCACAGCAGAAUCCACAGAUGCUUUCAGGAGCUUUGGUUAAUAUGGCAAAUCACCUGAAAAACCUGACCUUCAGAGUCUGGAAGAAGAUGCAGGAACUUGUUCAAAACACUCCUGUGACUCUGGACCCAAACACUGCACAUCCACGUCUGAUUCUGUCUGAUAAUCUGACCAGUCUGAGACGCAGCAAGACACAGCAACUGGUUCCUGAUAAUCCAGAGAGAUUUGAGAAAUAUUCUUGUGUUCUGGGUUCAGAGGGAUUUAACUCAGGAACACACUUCUGGGAUGUGGAGGUUGGAGACAAUUCAUGGUGGAUCAUUGGUGUAACCACAGAAUCAAACCAAAGGAAUGGAGCAGAUUUCUUUAACACCAGUGUCUGGUGUGUUUGGUACAAAGAUGAUGAAUAUUUCUCACAGUCUCCAGAGAUCCCCAACAACCCCUUUUCAGUUAAAGAGAAGCUUCAGAAGGUGAGACUGGAGCUGGACUGGGGCAGAGGAAAGCUAUCAUUUUGUGAUGCCGCAACUAACAAACAUUUGCGCACACUAAAAACCAUCUUCACAGAGAAAGUCUUUCCAUUUUUUUAUAGUCGUGAUGAAACCUUCCCUCUAAGAAUAUUACCAGCUAAAGUGGUUGUUGGAGUUCAGUCCAGUUUGUUGGAGUGAUUUAACAGGGUGUAAUCAAUCUCGGUGUGUUUGUGACUGAUCUUCAGUCUUGAACUCAUGAGUGAACCUGUUACAGUUCAUUGAAUCUGAAUUCGCUAUCAAAAUGAGUGUUGUAGUCAUUUCUUGUAUUGAGCAUCUCUAGUACCACUGUCUUGCUCUUAACAAGUCUAACUUCAACCCCAUGGUCAAGACGCUAAACACUUUGCCGCUUUUUGCAUGUUGAGUUUUUUUCAGUCUUAUUCUACAAUUGGGACUGGAAUUGAUCACCCUAGUGGUGAGGUGAUUAAAUGAAUCAUUGUCUGAUAAUUAAGGCAUUUAAAGGUAGGAUUGGCAGUUUCUGAGCUAUUAGUGUCACCUGCGGUAACAUAGUAGGCUACAAAAAUAAAGUAAUUUUCUAACAACCAUUGUAAACACUCCUUUCGCUCAUCACACCUCCCCUAACUCAAACAUCACAAACACAGCUAUUACAGGUCUAUAAAGUCUAUUAAACGUCCCAUGGCAUGAAAAUUUCACUUUAUGAGAUUUUUUAACAUUAAUAUGAGUUCUCCUAGCCUGCCUAUGGUCCCCCAGUGGCUAGAAAUGGCGAUAUGUGUAAACCGAGCCCUGGGUAUCCUGCUUCGCCUUUGAGAAAAUGAAAGCUCAGAUGGCCCGAUCUGGAAUCUUCCCUUUAUGUCAUCACACGGGGAAAGGUCACCUCCCCUUUCUCUGCUUUGCCUGCCCAUGAGAAAAUGAGCUACUACCGUGCGAGGCGAGCGCAAUAUUUUCUUUUCCUCGAGAGACAUCAUUGCUUGCAAACGAGCGAAGCAUGGCAGUUGCUCAGUGUUUGGAUGUACAAAUGAACACCAAAGUAUUUUUUUAGUUCCUUCAUCCGAGCCUAUGGCUAGCAUUAGCUACAUGAUAAUAACUGUAACAGCAUACAUAAACAAACCAACUAAAGUACCGUAUCCAGACACAAUAUUUUAAACUAACCAUUCGGAGACGUCCUGCUGUAGCCGCUGAGUUGCAACUUCUUCAUCAGGUGCUUCUCCAUCUGGAUCAGAUUCUGGGUCAAACUUAAAACCAUUUUUUAACUGGUGAAAAUACUAGUGGCCUAAAACUUUUGCACAGUACUGUGUAUAGAGUAGAAAAAGUUAAAAAAAACUUACAGGUUGUACGUCAAAUGAAUGACUUCCAGGAUGCUGUGGUUGUGGGUCUGAAGACCUUUCCUCCGUUCUUGUAUAUUGAUUGGGGAAGCAGAGUGGGCAGGACUUUGAAACUGAAAGCACUCUCCCUUUUAGCAUCUAAACCAUAAAAAUAAUACAGUGCAAACUGUGAAACUGAUCUCACAAUCAAAACGACACAUUUAAACACUUUUCCUGUGUCCUGUGUCUUCAUUCCUUUAAAUAGCUUGGAUCGGAUUGGAUUGAAUUUAAAUAGAUUGGAUCAGAAACAAAUGACACAGGCAGACCAUGUGACAAUGGCAUGGCUGAAGUGUGAUUUAGUAAGCCUACAUUAAAGACUUCCUGAGACAAGCAUAAUGUAAUUUAUUAGGAAUAUGUAGAUGUUAGUGACGUUCUAGCAGAGGUGCUGCCGCUGUGUACACUCACAGAAAACUAAUUUUAAAGAUGUGGGGCAGCUCCUGUAAUAUCGUCUUGACUAUCGACAAAGACAUCAGCUCUCAGCGAUACCUCUGACUAUCGUCAAUACACUAUACUAUCGUCUAUCUGCACUAUCUAUACUAUCGUCUAAAAAAGUGUUGCAUGCCUAAAUCUAAUGGCAGACAAUAAUUUUUGGUGUUACCAAUAAUUCUAGGUGCAUAUAAAGUUCAGUAGGCUAUUACUAUACAGAGCAAAAUGUAAAAAAAUCUGUAUAGAGCAAAACAGAAAAAAAGUCGCUCUGCAAUUCAACUGCAAGUACCCUCAUAUUUAUUUGGAGUGCAAAUUCAUUUCAAAUGAGAGUAAAAGUAAACAAGAAGCAUAGAUGUUUAACCCAUCACUUCAUCAAAACAAUUGGUACACUGACUGUUGCAGUAAAUUAAGCCCUAAAUGUUCUCAGAAUUUACAGACCUUUUGCUGAAGAAGGUGGAUGUUGACUGCUUUCCUCUUCAUUUCGAUUAUUUAUCAUAAACCCUACAUUUUUG